AUGUCUAAACCUACCUUUGUGUGCAUUCCAGGGCCAUCUCAUGCCUCUGUUGUGUAUGAGCCACUUAAAGCGGCCCUAUCACUCCAUGGCUACACCACAAAUGCCGUCAAUCUCCCUUCAACCGGAGGAAACCCACCAACAUACGAUUUUACUGAAGAUGUCGUUGCUAUUCGGAACCUUAUCUCACAGCUCGUCCAGUCAGGCUUAGAUGUAAUUGUUGUGAUGCAUACUUGGAGCGGUGUAGCUGGGAGUGAAGCAGUCCAAGGCCUAGGAAAGCUGGAAAGACAGCAGAGGGGGCUCAGAGGUGGAGUUAUUAGAUUAGUAUUCAUUAUGGGCUGGAUAGUCGGGGAGGGAUUUCAGGGAGCGCCGAGAGGAGAUGUUUCUGCCCUCUUUCCAUAUAUGAUUCCAGAUGUUCAAGCCGGAAUUUGUACCGUCAACCCCCAGCUAGCCAUCCCCGCAUUCUACAACGACCUAGCACUCCACCAAGCCCAAUUCUGGGUCUCGCAACUACUACCGCAAAGUCUCGGCAUCUUCUGGAGCAAGACCACCUAUGCCGCCUGGCGUUAUAUUCCAUCAACCUACGUUAUAUGCGGCCAAGAUCAAAAUGUCACGCCGGAGUACGCAGAGAUUAUGCUGCAGAAUGCGAGGGAUUCCACGCCGAACAUGAUUGAUACGGUAGAGAGGUGCGAGGAGGCGGGGAAUUCGGUAUUUCUAAGUCGUAUUUCGGUAAGGAACAAGAAACUCUCUUAA